GCGGCCGCGGGGUCGGGGCCGCAGGCCGGACACUAACACCGGGCAGCCGCACCGGAAGCCACGGGAGCCGCUGUCACGGAGGAAGCGCGGAGGUGAGGAGCGGUCGGGGAGAGACCUGCGUGACACCCACCACGCCGCAGGGACACUGAGGUCGCCGCGGGGCGGGACGCGGCGCGCACGGGCUGCGAGGAGACGGGCUUCCACAAGGAGCAGCGCUUUGCUAAGUCAGGCGAUAUUCCACUGGCUUCGGCAAUUUCGGGGACACCGAGCCUUGGGCGGGCUGGGUUUCUCGGGGUGGGGGGGGGCCCGACCGGGAACAGACCCCUGCAGGGAGGGGGCGCCACAGGCCACGGCGCCGCCGGAGGAGCCCCGUCGCGCGACGCCCAGCCUCCUCGCAAGUUCCCAGUCUUCAGAAGCCCGGGUCAUUCCCCCUCGCCCCCCACUUCUAAGCCCUCAGAGACCUGGACCGAUGGCCUCGCCUCUGAAGGCCUCCCUGAGGCUCACAGGGAAAAGUCAAGCCCUUCCUGUUGUGUUCCCAAAGCUUGGUCCGUACCUCACAAGGUCUAGCUCUGUAUGUUGCGCAUUUGGCUCAACACAAGGGACGAGCCAGACCAGAAAGUUAAGGGAAGCUUGAGGAGGGUCCAGGGCGGAGACGCCCUCACAGGCCACUGGGGACGGGAAAGGAAAAAAACUGCAUCUCCCAUGAGGCAGUGGGGCCGCGGGACCACGACUCCCAGCAACCUCUGCGAAGCGCAGCCUCGGCGAGGCGGCGGGCGCUUCGCGACCGGACGAAGUAGCUUUACAGGAUGGCUGCUUCUGAGGACGGCCCCGAGGCGCCCACGGAGGAGCUGGAUGUCGCCUGCGGCCUAGAGAACUUCCCCGUGAGCACGUGGCCCCCGGGGGCGCGGCCAGAGCCCUUUCAGUACACGCCCGACCACGUGGCUGGGCCCGGGGCGGACACGGACCCCGCGCUGAUCACCCUGCCCGGAUGCAGCUGCCGCCGCGCCCGCUGCCGCCCGGGCACCUGCGCCUGCCUGCGGCGUGGGGACAGCUACGACGAGGGCUCGCGCCUCCGGCUCGUGCUGACGGCCUCAGCGGCGCGGCGCGCCCCGCCGGUGUUCGAAUGCAACGCCCUGUGCCGCUGCGGGGACCUGUGCGGGAACAGGGUGGUCCAGCGGGGCCUGCAGCUCCGGCUGCAGGUGUUCCGGACCGAGAAGAAGGGCUGGGGCCUGCGCGCCUUGGAGCGCGUCCCGAAAGGACACUUCGUCUGCGAAUACGCUGGCGAGGUCUUAGGAGCCGCUGAAGCCCGGAGAAGAAUCCAGGCACAGACGGUCCGCGAUCCGAACUACAUCAUAGCCGUGAGGGAGCACGUUCGGGACGCGCGGGUCUUAGAGACGUUUGUGGACCCCGCGCGGGUGGGAAACGUCGGGAGAUUCCUGAACCAUUCCUGUGCGCCCAACCUGCUGAUGGUUCCUGUCCGAGCCGACUCCAUGGUCCCCAGGCUGGCGCUCUUUGCAGCCAGAGACAUUUUGCCCGGAGAAGAACUCUCUUAUGACUAUUCAGGAAGAUUCCUUAACCGAAUGGACAGUGAAGACCAGGAACAGCCCGAUGACGCGAAGCCACGGAAACCUUGUUACUGUGGUGCCCAGUCGUGCGCCGCCUUCCUGCCUUAUGACAGUUCUCUGUACCGCCCCUCCGAAAAGCCGGGCGUCGGCCAGGAAGGAGACGUGUAGGAGGGACUCACCUGCCUCAGGAGGACAGUGAGAAGGAAGCCAGCGCGUUUGGCUCGGCGCUUUCUGGGUUCCCCUGGAGGGGCGUCUCCGCCCUGGGUGAGCAGCGGGCCCCGUGCGAUAGGAGAGGCCAGUGGUCACCUAGCUCGGCCUCUGCCUCUGCCUGGCUGGGAGUUUAACCCAGAAAUGUGGCAGGCACCAUAGGUCGUCUCCCCUCCUGUAACGGAAUUCUCAGCUUUUAGAAUGGUACGUGGCUGCCCAGCUAAAAACUUCCUAGUUAGAUGUGGCUGACCGUGUUCUCUCUAAUGAGAUAUAAGCAGAAACGGUGUGUCCUUAAAUGGAGACAUCCUGCCCUUAACCACUCCUUGUUCCUGUCGGCUGGAAUGUAUGCACAAUGGCCGGAGCUGGAGCACCCACUCUAGACCCCAAGACGAACUUGGCAAAGGAAAGCACACAAAACAAAUCAACAAAAUUGGUGGGAGGCUCGGUGCCGGGAACCGGGCAACAAUCUACACCACCUCUGGACUUCUAGGUGAGAAAUAGUCUCGCCCUCCUUUGGGCCCCUGAAAUUCUGAGUUUUCCAGCGCUAGCAUCCAACCUUUUCAUCAUGACCCACGGGAACCUGGCGGCUGCACACGCAAGCCCUGCUUUCCAGUCAGUUUAUCAGUAAUAAAACUGAUCAUUUCUGUCUGUCUGACGCAUCUUAGUUCUCAUUUGUUUCUAAACACGAGUCAAGAAAACGGGCAUGAAUUGAUUAUCACCUGCUGACACCCUAAUAACUACCAGGAACAGUAAAAAACUGACCAGGACAGUGACUUCCGGGUAUGUAACCAAAAGUCAGAAAAGGAAACACAUUGUAAAAUUUUCACCAUGCACUUGGCUGUACUCCAAAGCUUGUGAUGUUAGGCUCCAAAACUUCAGUCUCGUUUCUUCAUGUAUUUGUAACAUGAAAAUAAACCUGUCAACACCGCCAAAGGGAAUGGGAGUUUUACGGUGAAACUCCUGGAGGGGCAAACAUCUCGAACUCUCUUUGAUAAGCAAGGAUGUUGCCAAAACAAGUUACUUGUGGAGGUUGAUUACACAUUUUGAAACCUAAAAUAAUUACUUGGGCCCUAUACUGUAGUAUUAUCUAAAAAAUUAAUAUUUUCAUUAGUACAUUUUAACCCUACCACCAGCAGGCCCUGUACUUUCAAAGUUAUAUCAUCGGGCCCCAUAUGCUAUAGAACACUCUACCCUGUCCGCUAUGGCAAGUAAGAUGGCUGUACACGUUAAAUGAGUGAAACAUGGCAUGCAAAUUAUAGCUCAAUAAAGUUGUUAAAUAAUAAGUAUGUGAGAGUUUGCUUGUUUAUAUAACAUUAUCAAGCAUGGUUCCGUGUGACUAGGAGAUAUAAAGUGCUCAUAAAACGCCCCAAACAACGAAUGAGUAAUGCCUUAAACAGAACCAAUUUUUCCUCCAAACUAAACAUUUCUCCCUGUGCACCUUCCUUUGGAACUUGGACUUCUCCAAAGUGGUGAGGCAGCUGGUACCCCUCAUUGAAAAUGGCCUUAGUCCUCCUCACAAGCUCUCCUAAUAACCGAGCUACAGCACGAAGGAAAUUGUCAGAGGGAAACGACGGGCUCACUGAUCCCGGAGGUCGCCUCCCCCACCUCCUUCAGAUUUUAUGUCACCAUCUGUGAAUGACAGACAUGACGAUCUCCAGAUCUGAGGCCUGGCCACGGGCAGCCUCUGCCAUCUUGGUGCCUGAGACAGAGGCAGAACUACUGAAGAGAGACCCUUGGAAGUUUGUCUUCACGCACAAGAUUCUUCUUAAAUAGCACAGAGACCUGGAAAUCAGAUUCCUGGGGUACAAGUCGAAGACGCUUAAUUCCAAGUCUUACAUUUUACUGCCAUGUUCUUAAGACUCUUGACACUUCUACUUUUGAGAGUGAACAUCAAAAGAUAUGCUUAAUUAUUAUCCUUAUAUAAAAAAAUAUAUAGUUUUUUACAAUUAUAAAUUGGUGUAAAAUUAGAAUUUUAAAAGAUGGCAUGUAUCUUCAUGGAAUUAAGACAUUCCUAAAAAUUGGCUUUGAAGUCAAUUUCACAGACUUCAUUAAGAAUGUGGAAAUGUGUACUUCGGAAACCAUUUUGGCCUGAGAAGAAUAAAGAUCAAUCAUACUUGCAGAACAGAGCUUUUCAAAUCUUCUUUGUAAAAGUGAAUUUUUUUAAUUUCAAAUUAGUAGUCACAAAAUAUAAGUGGCUGGUAGAUUUCGUUCUUGGUUAAAUGGAAAAUUUUGCCUUAAUUGAAAUGAAUAUUCAGAGACAACUUCAUUCUCCCUCUUUUUCUCAAUAUUAAGUCCCAAUACCAGCUAACUCUGAGGCAUAAGGCAGGAGUCAAUUGAAGAUGUUAGCAGGGGACCAGCCUGCAUAAAACAGGAUUUUGUCGUAAACUCAGGAAGGUCUUGUCAAAAAUGGAGGCAGGGACAGGGACUCUCUCCAAAUUGUUUUCAUUCCCUUGAGUGUUCAAAUUUUUAUUUAUGUAUUUAUGUAAAUAGUGUUUUAUUUACGUUGCCAAUUAGAGCUCUGCCACUCUCCGGCGUGUUAGCACUGAUCCUCCCUGAACCUGAAUUCCCUUUUCUGGACAUAGCAAUGUCGGGAGGAUGGAGUGAGUUAAUACUUGGAAAGGGUUUAGAACAGGGACUCAGCUCCAGGAGAGCGAGAAUCAAAAACCCAGGCGAUCACACAUGUUGACAAGGAUGGGGAGAAACUGGAACCUUCAUAUAUGGCCAGUGGGAUUGUAAAAUUACAGAACUACUUCGUAAAGCCAUUUGGUUAAUUCCUUAAAACAUUACUUAUAGAGGAAGCACAUGUCCCAGUAACUCCAUUCCCAGGUAUUGACCCAAGAGAAAUGUAAACAGGUGCACAAGUGCUCAUAGUGGCAUUAUUCAUAAUAAGCAAGCAGUACACACCCCACACGUCACCGCUGACUGAUGAGUGAAUCAACAGAAAGUUAGUAUCCACACUGGGGAAGAUUAUUCAGCCACAAAGAGGAAUGCAGCCCCGACACACGCUCCCACAUGGGCGAACCUUGAAAAUACGAUACUGAGUGAAAGAAGCCAGACACAGAAGGCCACGUAUUGUGUGAUUCUAUUUACGUGAAAUGUCCAGAAAAAGCAAUUCGAUAGAGACAUAAAGUAAAUUAGUGGCUGCUAGAGGCUGGAGGGAGCGGAUUAUAGGAAGUGACAGCUAAUGGGUACAGGGCUUCUUUUUAGGGUGAAUACAGUAAAAACCACUUUCAAGGGGUGAGUGUUAUGUUCUGUGACUUAAUAGCUCUAUAAAGCUCUUGUAAGAAAAGGAAGGAAAACAGGGCUGCCUGGGAAGCUGGUGACCUCUGAACAGUGCUGUCCAGAAUGGCACCCUGCAGGUCCAAGGGCAAUGCUGUUGCGAGCUCUAUGUCCUCAAAACAAAACAGGGCUGCACCUAAAGCUGUGACGGCAUUACCACCGUCAGAGGCGAACACCGCUUUGGAGCGUAGCAAGAUUCUGAGUCACAGAAGCGCUUGGUUUAAUAAGAACACAAAGUAAGUAAUGUGUCAGACCCUUUCUCUCAGAACAUAAAUGCAAUUCCUUUUUUUUUUUCUGUUUGUAUCCCAGGCUUCAUUGUUUGGUUAUCACAUCAAAAGAAAAUACCGGGGAUGUCAAAAAAUGUGUAUACAUGACUUGUAUUCACCUUUUGUUGUCAGUAUACAAUUUUAAUACAGUUUUUUCCUUUCUUAAAAUGUGUAUCCAUUUUUUUGGCACCCUGUGUUUGUUCCUCUUUAGAACCCCUGAAAUAAUGUACAUUAUCAAAGCCAUUUUAAGCCAAGCACAUUACAAACUAAAAAAACAAUGACAUAAAUGAGAAUUGUGGUUGAGAUACUGCAAGAGAAAUUUUUUUUCCCUCGUAAAUACAAUUCUUGAAUAAGUAGUUUCCUUAUAGCAAUAAGUGUCACUUUUCUUACUUCUCUUUCUGUUUGAGUUUGUGUCCAGGGUCUCACAAAUAGCACAGUAUUUGCUACAGUUCACAUGGAGACACGAAUAUUUUACCAUGAAUCUAAACAAUUCGUAUUCCUUUUAAAUUUGGAUGUAGAAGUUUGAUAUCGGCUCCUCACAUUAUUCACAUUACUUGGUUCUUCUCGUGACAUUACAUUUAAGAGAUCGUUAAAAUGACAAUAUACGUGAUGGUAGUUUAUGUGAUGAAAUCAAAAUCUUUCUGCAAUAAUAAUUCAUUAAAUGUAAUCUCAUAAUGUUUGAACAUGAUAAGUAAAUUUCAUGAUUUAUUUUCAACUCUCUCAGCAGAGUAAAGCUUCCUCAAAUUGAAAUUAAUUUAAAAAAAAACCUUCAAAGAGCUACACUGACUCAAGAUGGUCUCUCAUGGAUGGAAUCGCUGUUAAUAGAGCAUCAACUCUGUGAAAUGUUGUUUGUAACAGCACAAUUUGUGAUUACGAUAAGAAAGAGGCUUUCUGAAAUAAAUGUGUAAUCUUUUAUGAAUCAGA